CACACGGAAUACGGACUUUUUUACAACUUGAAAGGAGUGAUGUUUGAUUUUGGUCUUUAAUGGUCUCUCCUAUACGAACUCGAAAAUGCGUAUCGGCGAUGGUCUUGUCGCAUUCAUACCUGGUCAGAAUAAUAAGAUAAUCUAGGGUUUCUUUCUUUUCAACGGCGUGGUCCUUAUUCGAAGAACAAAAUGAAGAUUUCUUCGAGUAACGGUUCCCGCCUAUCAUGUGCAACUCGAUUUGCCAAAAAAGAUAUCUUACUGCAGCAAGGCUGUGUACGAUUGAAGGCUCAGCUGUGCUGUGUGACGGAAGGUGUAGAUAUCGGAGUUUUCCCUCAAGUGUCGGAGAACUACAGUAUUCUUAUAAUCACUUUGUCUCUGACAUAAAAGGUAGAGCACAAUGUUACCAACUGUAUCGCUCCAAGCCUUUCCAAACCAGCAAAGCAAUACUAGUAGUUCAUCAAUUGCACCAAGGUCUCAGGCAGUCCCCCAAACACCACCCUCACCUUCGAGUGCCCAAGCCCAAGUUCAAUUCCAAGUUCCGGUAGGACAUCAAAUCCGCAAAGCCAGCAACCUGCUGCAUUUAGCAAUCAAAUCAAUCAAGCUGGCCAUUUUGCCCGCAACAAUAACAGCACACUUUUCUCCCAAUUGUCGGGUAUAAGUCUUCUGAAACGAUUCGUUAAGCAUCUCACAACCUGGGAUAAAGGAACAAUCAUUGCUGUAGUCGCGAUUGUAGUCAGUACUAUCAUAUCAUACUUCGCUUUAAAGUUAGCAAUUUGGACUGCAACUAAGGAUUAUAUUGAAUAUUGUCAAGUAGAAGAGGUACGUUUUCUCUCAGUCCGUGUAUACGUAUUACUGCUGCUGUCGAUCAUUGACUUGAGUUAAACUGAAAGCCAAUUCAGGAAGCGGGUGUGCAAUGUUGAAAAGCAGCCGCGCAAGGUCUACCUCCACCUUCUUUCUAUCAAUAUACCGGUACAGUCCUCCGUCGGACACGGACCGGGAUAAUAAUUGGAGCCACCGAAUCAAAAACGCAAAAUAAUUAUUAUAUUUGGGGGUAUGCACUCAUAGCAUCUACAAUGCUUAAUGUUGCAUGGACUUUCCGAUCUUCAAGACGUUUGGAAUCCUCAAGAGCUUCAGGGUUGCCUAGUCAAAAUGACAUGGAAUAACAGCUCCAACAACUCCACCAGCUUGAUGGACAUAUUACAGAUCCUAAUGUUGCAUGGAAUUUUGAAUCCUCAAAGCCUUUGAAAUCCUCAUUCUUAAGAGAUUCGGAUUCACCGGUACCGAUUGAUGUGGAACAACAGCCGCAACAGCUCGGUAGUCUCAGUACCGAUCCAUGGCCUAUGAACCUAGCUGGAGAAGAUAGAUUCGCUGCUGUCCACGAAGGAAGUCUAAGCUUCAGAUCAGGCACGGCUAGUGGCACGAAUCAAAACAAGGCCCCACCACGCAAGCUCCGUCAAAGGAUGGGGAAGAAGCGGAUUGACAGAUUUCGGGAACAUCAGAUAGACUUGAUGCCUUCAGGGCAGCAGAAUGGUUGUUUUCCUCCUUAUGAUGAGGUUCUGGAUUUCGGGGUCAGCGUAUAUGGAUUCCGUAUAGCAGCAGAAUGGCGAGGAUAUGGACUUUUAAGACGAUAUUGAACUAUUAAUUGAUAGCCAAGAGCGCACGGGACGGAUAGCUUUUUCAUUGCAUCGCUGGUACAUUGUAUUUAUGGUAAUGCCAUGGUAUGAAUACAUUUUAAUCCCAACGAAUUGGAUCUAAAUGUAGCAAAUGCAACUAUUCUAAUGCGACUUAAACUUGGCUACCAAAC